AAUCAAUGAAGUAUAAAAGCAUCAACUUUAAUUAACUCCCCAUUAAAUCUUGUUCAUUAGUCUCUCUCCCUAGCAACAUAGAAUACAUCCCACCAUUCAUGGAUCCACCACCUCUGCCACCUCUCCACAAUGCUACCACCUCUGCCAAUCCCACCACUGUCCAUCUGAACUACCCUGACUCUGUUGAGUCCUCGCCCCGCUCCCAUCCACCAGACAGUACAUUCAAUGAGACUCUCCCGCCUGUCCCAGGUGCUAAGCUCCGCCUAAUGUGCAGCUAUGGAGGCCACAUAAUCCCCCGUCCACAUGACAAAACCCUCUGCUAUGUAGGCGGUGAGACACGUAUGGUAGCCAUUGACCGGCAUUCCUCUCUCCCCAUCCUCUCCUCCCGCCUUUCUCGAACUCUCCUCAAUGGUCGUCCCUUCACUCUCAAGUACCAGCUGCCUCAUGAAGACCUUGACUCUCUAGUAUCUGUAACCACAGAUGAAGAUCUUGACAACAUGAUAGAAGAAUAUGACCGCAUAAAUGCAUCAUCAUCAGCUUUAUCUCCUUCCCGUAUCCGCUUGUUCAUUUUCUUUAGCAAGCCUGAGACUGCAGCCUCCAUGGGAUCACUUCUUGAUGAUGCAAAGUCAGAAACAUGGUUUGUUGAUGCGCUUAAUGGUUCAGGAUUAAUUCCACGAAACCUAUCAGAUUCUGCUACAUUGGAAUGCUUAGUGACUCUUGACAAUGAUCAGGACUUGGAGGCUCAGGCAGAAGGUGUUGAAGGGGAGAACAAGAAAGCUAAGAAUGAACUAUUGCACGAAGUGCACACCACACUAUCUGACUCACCUGUUGUGGAGAAGAAUUCAUCAUUUGGUUCAUCUUCUUCUUCCCCUUCAAUGACCAACCUGCCACCUAUCCGGGUUCGUGUGGAGGAUCCAAGAGUUGGAGUUGAGGAGCAGUUUGCACAGAUGACUUAUGCUCAAGUUGUGCAGAAGCAUGAUGAUGGCUAUGGCCUUUUAUCUGCUCCGCCACCUCCAAUUCCUGUAUCAAUAUCUGCAGUUGGAACUGCAAUAUCCACUAAUCCUGCUGGUGGGUCUAGUGAGCACUUGAAUCGGCUUUUAUCAGAUGAUGAGAGGUCGGAUCAGGGUGUUCCGGUAAGUUUUCGCAAACCACCACUUCCUGUACUGCAGCCCGUGCCACACAAGACCGGUACCUGUUACAACUUGCCUUCACCAGAUUCAGUUGCAAGUGAUAGUAGUAUUGCGUCUGCAAGCUCUCUUUCAAAGCCCAUGUAUUAUCAAGAUCAAGCUCAUGCAGCACCCAGAGACAACAGAGGUCCUUCUAGCCCUGAUACAAAAGGUGAUAUUCCAAUCCCAAGCUCUCAAAUCCAAAUGCAACAAGUCCAAGGUUCUGGAUACACGUUGCCUGAUCAGCAGCAGCAGCAGCAACAAUUUGUAGGAGGCAGCACACAUUUCACCACAACUCCAAUGCCAAUGACAUCUUACUACCCAAUUUACGCUCCUCCGUCACAACAGCCUCAUCUUCCAAUGGAUCACCAAUAUCCUGUAUACUUAAUGCAGGUUACUCAACCACAACCAUACAUGUCUAUGCAAACUAACAUGGUUGACACUGCUACUGUUGCAACCACGAGCCGCCCUGCAACACCUUCCACUGCAACUUACAGGGACCCACAUCCACCCAUUUACCCUGCAAAGACAGUAUCUACCUCAGCUAAGCCUGAAAUGGCUGCAACUGUGUACAGAACAGUGAUGCCAUCAACUCCUCCAUUAGUCCAUGUCCCGGCCAAUCAGUUCCAGCAAUCAUACAUGGGUUAUUCUCAAAUGCAACAUCCAACUCAAUCCAUUAAUGCUGCUGCUACUAAUUAUGCUUAUUCUGAAUAUGCAAAUUCUACACAUGACCAAUUCUACUACACCCCUAGUACUCAAGGUUCUCCUCAGUACCAAUCCAUGAACCCAGCUACAGUCGUAGCAUUAGCAGAUGAUUCAACACGGAUACCAACAAACAACACAAUGCAGCAGAACAUCGGAACCUCGCAGCCACAAUAAAUCUUAUUAGGCCAUACGUAAACAGCUUUAUUUACAGGUGCAAAUGGUUGUCGUCUCAGCAAUAAGUUAUAGGUAUAAUAAGCUUAAUUAUGCUACCCUUUGUAAUAGAAAAUGGAAAUCUUUUUUCUCAAGAUAGUAAGAAGUCCUGCAUAAAUCGUCGUGUUUCU